AAUUCCAUAGAUUCGAAGUGCCAAUUUUGAAAAGAAAAAUUGUACAUCUGUAAACAAAUUGUAAUUCUUACGAAAAACAAUGGAUUCAAGCUUUUCCCGCGUUCCCUCAACCGGUUUACAGCAGUCACCAUUACUAAGAGGUGGUGGUAUGGUAAGCCAAACUGGUUCGAUGAGUUUUGGCACACCAACUCACGGUCAAAACACGAGCAGUUAUCUUCCUGGAUAUUUGCUGGGUGGACAUACACCAUCCCAAAUGUCUCAUUCACAUGACAUGUCAUACGUGCAAAGUACCCGUAAAAGUCCGGGAAAGAUGAAAUCCUGGUCACCAUCCAGAUCAGGAGGACCAAGUUAUAGCAGUCACAGCAAAACCAGCACCAACAGAGACAGGAAAGAUUCCAGAGAUGUUCGAAACACAUUUGAAAGCAAUACUCCGAAGAGUUUAAGAGGAAAGGCCCCUCCUGUCGCAGAUCUAUUUAGUGAGAAUACAAGCGUAGUUCAAACAGGAAGUCCAUUAAGAAGAGACAACCAUAAUAUGGAUGUUCAUAUGAUGACCCUUCAAUCACAGACAAAUUCUCCCAGUCGCACACCACAACAAAACACAACAGACUUCAGAGAACACUUGUUGAGUCCUUCCAGGAAACAUAUUUCAUCGCCGGCUCAAAUUGAUCCAUUCUAUUCUCAAGGUGAAAACAUAACAACAAAUGAAGUGCUUGAUGAAUGCUCCAUCACAGCUUUUGGGUUCCCACCAUCAGCAAGUUCUUUUUUACUUCAACAAUUUUCUCAAUAUGGAAGCAUAUUAAAGCAUGAAGUUGCUUCAAAUGGGAAUUGGAUGCAUGUUAAAUAUCAAUCAAAACUUCAAGCAAAAAAGGCAUUGAGUAAAAAUGGUAAAAUAUUUGGAAACAAUAUGAUGGUUGGGGUGAAGCAAUGUAUCGAUAAGAAUUUUAUGUUUGAAACGGGCAAAGAGAAUCUUCCAUCAUCCAUCACAAAGUCGACAAUAUCAAGUGAUGUUGCUGUCUCCUCACCUUCCAGAAAGACUCCAAUACGACCUUUGACUGCUGCUUAUCACGCUGCCAGCAGUGAUCUUGAGGUCUCUGGAAGCACGUCGAACACUCCCCAGAAGAGUAACAACUUGGUGUCGAAAGCAAUGGAAUAUGUUUUCGGUUGGUAACAGAUCAUUGGUGCUUUCCUGUGCCUCAUUGCUGCCUGGUUAGCUGAAGUAAAUAUUAUAUAUUUCUCGCGAAUUUAAGCGGUAACUCUUUAGGAAUUGAAAAAAUUAUAAAAAGACAAAUGUGUAUGGGACAUCUUAAAUGUAAGAAUAAUUCUGGUAAAGACCAUAAUAUAUAGUAAGGUUUUCGUUGUCAGCGAAAGCGUAUGCCAAAGGAACGAUAAUGCCGAUUUUCAAACCUUACUCUUUAGAAAAAUUUUUCUUUAAAAUUUAUGAAACGAAGAUCUAAAAAAAAGAAAGGAAAUCACGUUAGACCGCACGCAUUGUUUUCACCCUUGGCCCUGGGAUAUAGUCAAAGUUAUUUUUGACGAUGUCUGUUUGUUUUGUCACUGGAUUACGGCUAAACCACUCUUCACAGCUUCACCUUAUAGUCAUACAAGUUUUACGCACCUUCUACAAAACCAACCAUGUUUUACAAGGAAUUGAAAACGGCUCUUCAGCCCCAUUUACACUCCACAAUUUAGGUUUGGUACGAAUGAGAUUUGGACCAUCUAUUCAGGCAUAAAAUUUUAAGCUAAUUUCAUUAAUCUCAAUUUUAUCCGACCUUUCAGACCUAAAAUUGAAUAUAAUGUAAACGGUUAAAAUUUGUACGCAUGAAGUUUGACUAACCAUUAGGGAGUAAAAAUUUCAUUCGUACCAAUUUUCUCCGUACCGUACUAAAAAUUGUGCGUUGUUUAGAUGGGGAUUUCGAUGGCGGCAAGACUUUAAAUUUAUCCGCGGGCUGCUUUAAUCCUCGAGCAUUAAAUGUGAUUGUCUUUGCGAAAACCUUACAUUGUAAUGGAAAUGUUGUAAUAUAUUAAUUCCAGAGAGAAUCAGAUUCGUGUUUGAUCAGCAGGUUAUUGUAACAAAUUAAAAA